AUGCGCCUCUUACAGCGUCAAGAUAAUGACAGUUUCCGGCUUGUCUAUCGCGUUGAUGAACAGAUACCGCCUUACGCAAUCCUUUCGCACACCUGGGGAAGUGAAGAGGACGAAGUUACCUUUAAAGACGUGGUUGAUGGUACAUACAAAAAGAGAAAAGGUUAUCGGAAACUCCAGUUUUGUGCGAAACAGGCAGCUGAAGAUGGUUUAGACUUCUUCUGGAUCGAUACAUGUUGUAUCGAUAAAUCUAGCAGCGCAGAGCUUCAAGAAGCUAUUGGCUGCAUGUUCCGUUGGUAUAGGGAUUCGGCAAAAUGCUACGUCUAUCUUGAAGACGUUUCGAAUGAGUCACUUAUGUAUUGGGAUGAUCGUGAGCAUGAUUACUCGUUGCAAUUUCAAGAGAGCAGGUGGUUUACCAGGGGAUGGACACUCCAAGAGCUCCUUGCACCAAAAGACGUCAAGUUUUAUACCAAACAAGGUGGUCUGAUCGGAAGAAAGUCGGGCAUGGUUGAUUGGAUCGCCGAAAUCACGGGUAUUCCUACGGAUGCUCUGCAGGUUACACCGCUGUCGCGCUUUGGUAUCGACCAGAGAAUGAAGUGGUCAGAGGGACGGAAGACAACGCGUCAGGAAGAUCUGGCCUAUUCGCUACUAGGCAUAUUUGACAUACACAUGACACUCUACUAUGGUGAGGGCAGGGAAAGAGCGUUCGAGCGACUGAAAAAAAAGAUAAGAAAAUCUCAACACGUCGAUGGCUCCAGUCUUCAGCAACCAGAGCCCAUCGCCCUUCGGUCUGACCAUUUCGGAUAUGUUUUGCAUAGCUCCACAAUGCUACACGAGACAGACUAUCAGUACAGUCUUCUGAUGGGCAAUGACUCGAACGAGACUGGAAAGCCAGAUCUAUGCGCAGUGAAGAGAGGUGAUACCAACUUUAAAAACCUUGAAGUCAACCUCCUCUAUGGAGCUUACGAUUACCAGAAAUUCGUCCUCAGGAUCGCGAUACCGAAUUUCACACCAAUGCGAGAACAUUGGACCAUGGCCGGACAAAUGAAUCCUGGACCAAUGGAUUUCUUCCUCGCAGACUGGAGUGGCGAUGGUACUUUGGAUCUUGUCAUGAUCAAGAAGUCCUACACUGGUACACAAGUUCGUAUAUUUUCUGGUGCCGACAAGUUGCAGACAAUCUUGUUUGAAGGUGAAACAAAUCUCGGUAAAACGGACCAUACAUGGACUUUUGGCAUGGGGAAAUGGGGUGAGGGCGAAAAACCGGAUUUGAUCGCGAUCAAGAAGUCCAGUACUCUAACCAAGACCACUGAAGUGUACAUCUUGAAGGGCGAUGAUCGCUUCAGAAUCGCCAAACUGCAAACUCAGACUGCCCUACACGAGACAGAUUCGAAAUGGGACUUUGUUGUCGCUGACUGGAAUGGAGAUGGAAAGCCUGAUCUAGUCGCCAUCAAAAAGAGCGAGACAGCUACCAAAUGCACAGAGGUGCAUGUGUUAUCUGGGGCAUCUUCGUUCCAAGAAUUCAGCUUACGAGCGGAAACGCCGUUAUUCAGAAGCCACGGCCUAUUCGAGUUUGCAGUAGCGGAUUGGACUAGAAAUGGAAAGUCGGAUUUGAUUGCAUUCAAGAAGAGGGAAACCGAGACUGGUAACACAGAGGUGCAUGUCAUGAGUCAGCUGGUCUAA